GGGUGGCCGUAUUUCACGGGUUAGGAGUGUAUGGGUUAGCGGGCUCUUUGAGGGUUCCUAACGCGGGCCAAAGUAAACAAUCUCUUCCUGCUGCUGCAAUCAUUGCAGAAUCAUUUGCAAAAUGUUCCGUUUCGUUUUAUUAUGUGGGCUGGCUUGUUUGGUGCAAUGUCAAGAGACAGAUCCCGUCCCCGACUUGACCUACUCCCCAACUCCCCCCAUCAUGACACAAACCCCCAAAUUCACAGUGGUAACGGAUGCUGAAACUGAACCAGGCACAACAGGUCUUCCUGACCCGUCCACUACCGACACAGCUACCACCCCUGAUAUUCCCGACUUUGUGACAACAGCGGAGCCCACAGAUCCCGCAGACGAUGAUACAACCCCUCCCGCCCCCAUAACUGAUCGUUACACUGCAGCGGGGCCCUCCACCCAGCUCCCCAUCGAGCUCAGACAGCCCACCAUUAAAGUGCACCCCAGAAACGUGACCGUGCCCAAAGAGAGCUACGCUAAGUUCUUCUGCAGUGCGACAGGGUCGCCCAGUCCACAUUUAGUUAUAGUGAGGGCUGAUAGUAACUACGCGAUCCCCACUUUCAACAAGAAUCAUGUCUCUAAAGGAGAAGAGUCUCUCCCUGAAGUACAGCAGACUAUUGGACCCAUCACGGAGGCAAAUGAGGGUUGGUAUGAGUGUAUCGCUGCUAACUACUGGGGCACCGUCAAAUCCAGAGCUUAUCUCCGUGUCAUGGACCUCUGUCAGGAAGUGGACUGCAAACCUCCUAAAAGUUGUGUUCAGAACUACGACGAAGCGUCAGCUAGCUGUGAGUGCCCGGAACUGCUCUGUGAGCUGACCUACGAGCCUGUGUGCGGAGCGGAUUGUGAGAUUCAUUUCAACCCAUGUGUGUGGAACAAGACUAGUUGCAGUAAUGACUACGACUCAGCCUCCAUCAUCUCCCCGGGAGAAUGUCCUCCGAUCACGGCCCCAGAGGUUACUCUGCUCGGAGAGGAUGCAGCUGUGGACGAGGGAGGGAGGUUUGUUCUAUCUGCUGUUGUUGGGGGUAAUCCUGAGCCCAAUGUUGAGUGGCAGAAAGUCGAUAACGAUGGAAACUUCUUGGAAUCUGUCGGUAGAGGAUUGGAGUUGAUUUUAGACACUCUAACGUUGGGAAUGACGGGAAAGUACGUUGCCAAGGCAACCAACUGUCAGACAAAGCAUGUGUACACACGAUCAGUGCAGCUGGACGUCGUUCCCCUACCCGAACCAACUGAACCAUCAAAGACUAAAGAGAAUAUCAAUGUUUGCAGUGUCUUUGGGGACCCUCAUAUCGUCACCUUCGACAGGCACAGCCUUCACUACGCUGGUGACGUGAUCGCUAUGUGUUGGGAUGGGACUGUAAGGCGUUCAAGUGGAUAAUUUACGGACUUUUCUCGUAUUGUGGAUAGGAACAUGUUUGGACGAAGUCACCGUCUUCAUCAACCACAAACCUUUCACCCUGAGCCGAGGCUGGGUAAUCUUCGCUGACGAUGAAAAGUUCAAGUACAUUCAGGGCACAAACUUUGAGGUGGGUGGUCUCAGUUGGACUUUUGACGGAAUGGUCCUGAGUGGGAGGAACGAGGAGAUGGGACUGAGUUUGGCGUAUGAUGGCUUCACCUCCCUCGCCAUAGGGAUGGACGAGAGCAGGGUGGAUCCACUGUGCGGGGUGUGUGGUAACAACCGACCGAGAGAAAGGUAACGAGCACCAGCAGUACACCAAGCUUGAAGACAGGCUCAUCAACAGUCUAAAGUCUAACGAGUACGUGAACAACUGGAAGGUGGACAGGGAAGAAGACCUGUGUCCUCCCCGCUCAAGUGGACUUUGACCCUGACGAGCCCUGUGGGACUGACUACGGCAAGAGUAGGGUGGCCUCUCGAAUGCCUGUUCAGGCUAUAAGUUGAAAACGCGGGCUUCCAACCGAUGCUCCAGCCAAGGUUGCCUCUGUUCUAUUCGACUCGUGUCUCCACGACUUCUGCUACAUGUCCCUGCUGAGGGGAGGACUCAGGAACCCUUCGCAAGCCUAAGCUCCUCUAUUUCCCCGAUGCACGGUAGCAGAGCGUACGCUUUAACUCUGGGUCAAAUGGAGGCGUGUGGAUUGAGAGGAUGGGAUGUGUACAUGAAGUGUGACGUGGAAGCCACGCAGGAUGCUAUCGACAGCAUCGCGUGUUACCAGGAGACCAAACCUUAUAUCAGGUUCAAAUAAACCGGAGGUGAAGUUGAAAUAAAUUAGAGGACAGUGCAGGAUAAGACAACAAACAUAAUGAUUUGCCUGAGUUGGUGGAGGUUUCUAGCUUACAAUUUCAGACAAUAUCAUAUUCCUUAGAUUUUUAUUCUAUUCUUUAAUGAAAUGUGAACAA